GAUUGCCACACCUUUUGUAUCACUAUCAACCCAGCUAGCCAGCACAGCAGAGAAGAAAGACACAGGGGAGUGAGUGAGAAAACGAGGCAGCAGAUCGGCCAGUUGAUCAUGAAACUCGCUGGCUACCUGCUUGCCCUGUGCAGCGUUCUUCACGGAGGCUUAGGUCUUAUGGUGACGUUGUCUGAGCCCGGAGCUACGGACUUUGAAAUUUUUCUCAGUGACAGUCCCCGUUCCAUUCCCCUGGUCCCUGGUAAGACGUACAAGAUCUCCUGUGAGGGAAUGGAAUGGCGUCGUGAAGGAGAAGUGGUCACGGUAACAUCUGUGGGUGACGGAGUCUCAGGAGUAUAUGUUGUUAGCAGUGGGAACAUGAGGAUUCUGAUGUUGCAACUGUUCACUGAGGACUUGGUUGGAGAGUAUGUUUGCAUGGAUGAAAGUGGAGAAGAAUUUGUCGUCAACAUCAGCACAGGUAACCCAGUCCUGAUUCCAAGUCGAGAGGUGAUAGGACUAAAGAGAGACAUCUCUCGAACAAGUCUUCCGUUUUUCUCUGUCUUUGGAUCUGGAGACCCUCAACCUCAGCCCACCGACUACAGCUGGUAUUUCAAUGGAGACCCCAUCUUUGUCAAUGGAGUUCAAGACAGCAGCGUUGUUGAUGUUGCCGCUCUGACUUUCAACAUGAUAACUCUUAAACAAAAGAUUGAUUCAGGAGUGGAAGGAACCUAUGUAAGCGUUGUGAACACAUCUGCUGGGGAGACAAACGUAUCGAUAACACUAAAUGUUGAAGCUUCUCCUGUUCCGCAAAUAUCCGUAAUUGCACCGACUGAUUAUUCCACCAACUUUUCGGCCAACGGAGAGGCAGUCAUUGUCAACUGUAGUGAUGUAAUGGCAGAUCCUCUCCCUGCCUUCUCCUGGUACGUCAAUGGGAGUCUGGUCAGUGGGAAUGAAGAUUACAUCGCCAUUACUUCUGGAAAUGAAGGAAGAGAGUCACAUCUGACCAUUACUGUGAGUCCAGAAUUCAAUGGGGUGGACGUGGUUUGUCGGUCCACCAACGUUGUGGAAGAUGAGCCCGACUCUGGAGAAGCCACUGAAACUCUCAAAGUGUUAGCUCCCCCUCCUCCACCAACCAACCUUACCGUGGUGCAGACCCUCUCCAGUUGCCGGGUGGAGCUCUCCUGGAUACCACCCGUCGACACAGACUCCGCCCUCCCUCCCACGUUCUAUCGUAUCGAGGCCAGAGCUGGGGGAGAGGGGGGAGAGUGGGAGGUGGUCGUGGGGAAGAUUAAGAGCACAUACUCUACCUCAGAGGUGGGUGUGAUGGAGGCUUUGGGAGAAACAAACGUGAGUUACGUCUUCCGAAUCAGUAGUGGUAACGAGAGGGGCGGAGUUUCACCCGUGUCCACGGAGACAGAUACAAACAGACCUGUUCAACUGUACUUUGAGGCCCUCCCAGCCGUGUCCGCCAUAUCCGUGUCCUCCCUCUCUUCCUCUCCCCCCACUGCCCUCGUUGUCUCAUGGACCAACACCCCCACAGAGUGCUACCUCUUUUCCUCCCACAUCUCCGUCUGUACCCCUACCAAUGGAGGAGAGACGAUCUCCUCUAAAACUGUCCCCGGGACCUCAUCCUCCGCCGAUGUCACCGGGCUGCUCUCUGACUCCGCCUACUCCUGUCUUGUCCGCAGCAUUGUCUCCGAUCUCGUUGGGAGGGAAUUCCCCUCGAUGACAUCAUCGAGUUUAGUCGACGGCUUCACUUAUCCAGACUAUCCAGAGGCACCUUCAGAGCCCCAGGCGGUCGAACCUGUGGGUGGCAUCUUCCCUUCCACUAACAUCACCGUUCGAUUUCCCCUGCCUUCUGACCACAGCACCAUCAACCACUACCUGGUGCUGGUGGUGAGACUGAGAAGUGAGAAAGAUCUCCCAACCAAUCAUCCUGACACUGACUACCCCGCUGGCUACAUGUUCCUUAAUGAGACCACAGUCAAUGACGCCUCCAUAGAGCGACCACUGCAGGGACCUUACAUUGCCGCUGAGAUUGCUGGUCGAGAUUUCAGUGGAGAGUUUGUCAUCGGUGGAGGCCGACAGCCCAAGUACAGUCCGCAGUACAAGAACGGCCCUCUCCUCAGCGGUACCAAGUACUCGUGUUUCCUCCGGGCUUUCCCUCGUUCCAGUGUUGCCGGCCGCUCACGCAGACAGGCGGAGGAGGGAGGGAGGCAGGACCUCAUCUUUAACUCCAGUGACUACAUGCCUGUACAAGAAACAGGCCCUGAAGACAGUUCUGAAAGCUCUAGCAGCACCCUAUCUCCGGCAGUCACUGGAGUCAUUACAGCUGGUGUCAUAGUCUCUCUAAUCCUCAUCGCGGCCUUGGUCCUAAUCCUGGUCCUCGUAUACUGCAUCCGCAGGCGACGCGGCCACAAAUACAGACUCGAGGCCCACUCUGCCUCUCUCUCCUCCUCGUCCAAGGGGUCGAUGGACAUCCCGCAUGAUUCGACCCCCGAGCUCUGCCGGAGGGGGAUCCCCAUGGAAUUGAAGCCCAUGGAUCUGACGGAGGAAGAUUCAGAGCUGAUCCCCAGUGAGGCCAUCCCCAUCAACGUCUUCAGAGAACAUGUGGACAAGUUUGACGAGAACAGACAACUCCUCUUCCAGCGGGAGUUUGACUGGAUCCAGAUGAAUGCUCCCGAUCCUUCGGCCGAAGCUAGCUCUCUCCCAAUCAACGAUGAUAAAAAUAGAUACAGUAACAUCAAGGCCUUUGAUCACUCGAGGGUGGUGCUGACUCCACUGGAGGGUGAGGAAGGCUCAGAUUACAUCAACGCCAACUUCAUCCCGGGCUACAAGAAAACAAAGGAGUACAUCUCAACGCAGGGUCCUCUGGAGCAGACGGUGGGUGACUUCUGGAAGAUGGUCUGGGAGCAAAACACAGCCACCAUUGUCAUGCUGACUAACCUAGUGGAGGCCGGCAAGGUAAAAUGUGCUCAGUAUUGGCCCUCCCCGGCACUGGGCUCCAUUACAUACGGCGACAUUGACGUGAAACUGGACAAUGUGGUGGAACUGAGGGAUUAUACUGUUCGCAAUUUCACCGUCACUCAUGUACCCUCGUCCCAAAGCCAGGUGGUCCUCCAGUUCCACUACACCAAGUGGCCCGACUACGGAACCCCUAAACUCGCUGCCCCUCUCCUCAACUUCCUGCGGGCACUCCACUCCUCCAACCCGGCCGACGCGGGGCCCAUUCUGGUGCACUGCAGUGCAGGUGUCGGUCGGAGCGGCACCGUCAUAUGCAUCGACUACUGCCUGGCAAAGUUGAAGGCAGAUCGCGUCAUUGAUGUCAGAGGGUUUGUGAGCCGAAUGAGGGAGCAUCGCAACUAUAUGGUCCAGACUGAGACGCAGUAUGCCUUCAUCCACUACGCCAUCCUGGAGGCCAUCACUUACGGAGACACUUCUUUCACUCUCUCCGACUUCUCCCAGAGCUACCAGAGUCUCCAGCAGAAGAGCAAGGAAGUGGGGGGGAAGACACUGGAGGAGGAGUACGCCAGACUGGGCUCGGUGAAGACCAUGAGCAAGGCCUCCACCUUCGUCCAGAGAGUCAAGCAGAAGGGACCGACUAAUCGCAGCAUUCACUACCCCGGUCACGCCUCCUACACUGAGGGAGUCAACCCACACGAGUACAACGCCCACUUCAUCGACGCCUACUUCACACCCAAACUGUUUGUGGUAGCCGACGGGCCACAGGAGAGGAAUGCCGGCAAGUUCUGGCAGAUGGUCUGGGAUCAGGACUGCUCCUAUGUCAUCAUGCUCACUCCCUAUGAUGACAAGUACUACAGUUACUGGCCGACAAAGGGAGGGCAUGAGACGUAUGGUAAUAUAAAGGUGACGGUGGAAGAUGAAAGUGCUGAGCAUUACUACACCACCAGAGUCAUCUCUAUCGCCAAUGCCAAGCUGGGAGUGUCUCAGAAAGUGAUGCAUUAUCAGUUUGUCGGUUGGACGUCGACGUUCCUGCCUCCCGUGCCAUCCUUUGUCUCCUUCGUCUGCGACGUUCUCGAGGGAGUGAAUGGAUUGAAGAGGAACCAUAAGGCACUCAUCCACGACACGAAAAGUCUAGGCCCUUCCGGAAUAUUCUGCUCGCUGUGUUUCUGCAUUGAGCGACUUCGCAUCGAGAGAACAGUGGAUGUAUUUCAGGCUGUCCAGAACAUGCAGCUGCAACGACCUGGCACCGUCCAGUCGAUGCAGGAAUAUGCCUUCAUAUACGACUCAGUGUACGAGUACAUCCGCACCCACCUGUCAGCGUAGAGAGAAUUGGGGGCUACCACAGGACUCAUAUUGUUAUUAUUAUUAUUUAUAAUGCUAACUACUACGAGUGAAAGUACACGAGUGUGUGAGAUUUCUUGUUUCGUGUGAAGAAUUAUUGUAAUGUAGUUGUUUGUGCCGUGUGCCCAUGACCACAUCCACUUUCUUGUGCUUUCUUGUGUGUUUUUUAUUUUGCACUGUCUGUCCUUUAAUAAAUUUGUGGGCACCGUAUCAUGUGUGUAUAAAUUUGUGUAUAAAUUUUACUUCUAACGUGAACCCAGUCCGUGCGGAGUGGAAUGCGAAUUGCACUGUUGGUGGGCAUUAUAUAGAGUGAGGAGGAUCUUUUCGUCGUUCCAGUUGUCGGUGGUAAACAAGGGGAAAUGUCUGGGAAAAGGCUUUUGAAGAGUAUGCUGGCCCAGACCGGUUCUCUGAACAGGGUAAGACAAGACAUACCGUCUCAAGCUUCCGUUUCAGCUGGCUUUUUUUUGCGGACGUUGUAGAUGCAGGAGCAACGCGAGAUGUGGCGACUGAGGGAGCUGGAGAAGAGCGCUCACUGGGGAGACUUCCGCGUCCGCGAGCCGCGGGCCAUGAUAGCGCGAGGCCGACUGCUCAGCGACACUCUCCCCUCCUCACCUCCUCCCACCUCACACCGUUCACACAGAAGGCAAACCUCACCGGAAGACCACGCCCACCACGAGCCGAGAGAAGUAAGGGACAGUGCGGAGGGCUACUGGACUCGGCGACUGCUCAAACAAGAAGAAAACGACCCAGGCAGGUGGGGCCAUAGUGGAUAUAGGGAGUUGUAUGCUGAAGACUUUGCGUCCAGUGAAGACAAUGAUAGCGAAGAAGAAGAAGAGGUUAGGAGACCUAAACCCAGGGGAAGUGAGAAUGGCAGUUCAUCGGUAAAAAAGAAGAGAAAGAAGGAAGUGUCAAGUGUUGGGUCGUCGAAGAGGAAGAGGAGGCGUGGUUUGAGUGAGUCCACAGAAGAUGAGGAAGAGAGAAAGAGUCGGAAAAAGAAGAGAAAGUUGAAAGUUGACAAAAGGGGUGUAAAGAGAAAAGACGGGAGAAAGAAAAGCAAACACAAACAUUCCCAAUCAUAAACAUUUCACUAUUAUUUUUUAACCUAUUUUUAUAUACUUCCUGGAUGUAAAUAUAUACAUGAAAGAAAUGCUCAGAAGUAUGUCGGAGAUGUCCAGAGGUAUAUAUAAUAACGAAAUGAUUUUGUGGCCUGCCGUGUGCAUCAGUAGAGCUUGAAGUCAUCGAAACCUUUGAUGUCACCAGAUUCACUUUCCUCUGAGAGGGUCGGGAGGUUUUCUGGUGGCGAACCCCACGGAGUGUAGCCGAAAUCGUGUCCCCUUGUUCCUCGGGAUGGGCUGAACGGUCGGUAGUGAUGCUGGGGAACUUCGAGGACUCGUCUAUCGAAUGGCGAAGCCGCUGGAGCUGGGGUUGGUCGCUGAUGACGACGGUGACCAAACUCUGGAAGAGAUUGGGCGUCGUUCCAGUCGAGUCUCCUCUGAGGAAGCUGGGGGAUCUUCUGACCACACCCAUUCUCCUAUUUCUCCGCUCCAGUGAUCGUUCCUCAGAGCCAGUGGAGUCAACCGAUGCUCCUCUCACGUGCACUCCACCACCAUCCACCUCCUCCCUCUCCUCUCCUCUCCCCACUCUUUCCCUCCCUCUCAAUCCACCGUCUCCAAACGUGCUGACCACUCCCCCGAGCCGGGGCCUAUCCACCGGGGGCAAAGCUGCUAUUUUGUCGACAGGCAAAGGAUCGUGCAUGGGGAAAAUGUUGUCUAGACGCGGUCGCUUCUGUCCCUCGUAAUGAGGCAACUCAAAUUCCUCUGAGGCGUCUUCGGUUGCAGGUUCUCUGAGGCUUGGUUUGGUGAGUGGUUCGGAGCUUCUUCUUUCCUGAAGAAACAUGAGCUGCGAUAUCAUGGGCGGGAAGGCUCCGAACCGCUCCCUCCUCUCCUCCGGCGUCGUGGCCGUGUACAACGGUUCAGGUUGCUGCUGCUGCUGCUUUUUCUCGACGCCCCCUGACGAUCUCCACUUCCAGGGCUUUUUGAAAUUCUUCCACCAGCCGCCUCCGCCUCUCGUUUCCUCUUUUGGCGACCCUUCACUGCUCCACGGUGUGUACGGAGAGUAAGACAUCAUUCGAUCCAAAGCCUAUGGCUAAAGACUAUAGCGCAAAAGGGAAAGGUGGGCCGCCGAUGAUAAUUAAUUAUGUGCCCUCUCCAGCCCCUCCCUUUUUAU